AUGGAGAAUCUCCCCAAGACCAUGAGGGCGCUCAGAUAUGAGAAGCCUGAGGACUGGAGCAUCGUCGAGGUCCCUCUUCCCACCCUACGCGCCGGUGACGUCCUCAUCAAGGUCAAGGCCUGCGGUGUUUGUGGCACUGACUUGCACAUCCACGAGGGCGAAUUCAUUGCCAAGUUCCCCCUCAUCCCCGGCCACGAGACCAUCGGCGAGGUCGUUGCUUUCGCCGACGACGUCAAGGGUUUCAAGGUUGGCGACCGUGUCGCCGCUGACAACUCGGAGCUAUGCGGGCACUGCUUCUACUGCCGACGAGGCCAGGAGCUGCUUUGCGAAGACUUCAAGGCCCACGGUGUCCUUGGCCUGGAUGGUGGUUUCGCGGAAUACUGCUCCUACCCGCAAGGACGUCUAUUCCAGAUCAAGAACCUCAGCAAUGUCGAUGCUACUCUUAUCGAGCCAGCAUCCUGCGCUAUGCACGGUUUAGAAAAGAUUGCUCCUAAGGCUGGUUCGCACGCACUGCUGAUCGGCGCUGGCCCUACCGGUCUCAUGAUGGCUCAAUUUUUACGAAACAGUGGUGUCUCGCAACUGACCAUUGCCGCACCUGAAGGCUCCAAGAUGGAGUUGGCCAAGAGUCUCGAUGCCGCCGACGUCUAUGUGCCUCUCUCCCGAUCAGACUCGUCCGCGCAAUGGGAACAACUCAAGAAGGACAACCCGUACGGUUUCGAUAUCGUCGUCGAGGCCAGCGGUAGCUCCAAGGUCCUAGAGGACGCCAUCAACUAUGUCCGCCGAGGCGGCAAGCUUGUCUGCUACGGCGUCUACCCCAGCUCUGCCCGCGUGUCUUGGGCCCCGUCCAAGAUCUUCGGCGAUGAAAUCACCAUCAUCGGCUCCUUCUCUGAGACUUACAUGUUCCCCGCCACCGUCGACUACCUGGACAGCGGCAAGGUCAAGACCAAGGGCAUUGUCAACAAGACCUUCAAGCUCGAGCAGUGGGGUGAGGCUCUCGAGAGCAUCCGCCACAAGUCUGCCAUCAAGGCUGCUAUCGUGUUUGAUUAG